UUCACCUGGAGUAAAGAAUCCUGCCCACUCACCUGAAUGCAGGGCUUCACCUGGAGUAAAGAAUCCUGCCCACUCACCUGAACGCAGGGCUUCACCUGGAGUAAAGAAUCCUGCCCACUCACCUGAACGCAGGGCUUCACCUGGAGUAAAGAAUCCUGCCCACUCACCUGAACGCAGGGCUUCACCUGGAGUAAAGAAUCCUGCCCACUCACCUGAAUGCAGGGCUUCACCUGGAGUAAAGAAUCCUGCCCACUCACCUGAACGCAGGGCUUCACCUGGAGUAAAGAGUCCUGGCCCCUCACCUGAACGCAGGGCUUCACCUGGAGUAAAGAAUCCUGCCCACUCACCUGAACGCAGGGCUUCACCUGGAGUAAAGAGUCCUGGCCCCUCACCUGAACACAGGGCUUCACCUGGCGUACGUGAGAGGCGUGUUGGUGGCCUAUCAGACAGACUCAUUACUAACGGCACCUCAAACCCCUUGGGUAAUCACCUUUCUCACAACUUCAGGGAAGCAUCACCUACUGAAGAGAGUCGAGAGACCACCUCUUCACCUGUACUAGGAGAAAUCCCAGUCCCCUACAAGUUCCCUGCCCACUCACCUGAGAUCAUAAACAUCACACCUGAAAUCAGAAACUUCACACCUGAAAUCAGACCCAUCUCACCUGAUCGCACUAUUUCUUCUAGAGGAAGGAGCCCCUCCCUUUCACCUGACCACGGGGUUACAGGCAACUCACCUGUCCAGAGACUGGAAGAUCUGGAACCUAAACAUCUAGUCUCAUCUCUAACCCCUGACCUUAGUGACAGCAGCAACCCCUCACACAAGUCUCCUACACCUGAGCACCCAUGUAGAGAAACCUCACCCAACUCUAGGAAUAAAACCAUAGAGAGGCUAACUGAAGCAGACAUGGCUCAUCAUAUGGGUAAGGAAGCCACCCCUUCUCCUCCCCUCACCAGGUUCACUCCAGUACACAUCCUAUCCCCGGUCCCUGGGAGGCCACAUGGCCACUGGGGAAACAGGAAUCACAAACCCCCUGAGACCCAGGCCAUUGAGGUCAUAAUGGAGGCUGUGACAUCCAGGGGAAGCCCCACUUUUUCAUCUGUUGACAGUAACACCCGGGCCUACGACAGCCAAUCACACCUGGAAAGGUUGGAAAGGCAGGGGGAGAGAGAUGAGGAGGAGGAGGAGGAGGAGGAGGAGAGAGAGAGAGAUGGGGAAGAAGAGGAGGAGGAGAGGGAGAUGUUGUGGGAGAUGCAAGAGAGGGAUAGAGACACGCAGAGGGAAAGAGAAAGGAACAGAGAGAUGGAGAUAAGGGAGAAGGAGGAGAGGGAAAUAAAGAUGGAAAGGCAGAGGGAGGAGGAGGGUAAAAGAGAGAAGGAGAGGCAAAGGGAGGAGGAGAGGGAAAGAGAGAGGGAGAGAGAGGAAAGGCAGAGAAACAGGGAGGAAGAACCGGAGAGGGCAAUGGAGAGGGAGUGGCAAGCGGAGAGGGAGAGGGAAAGGGAGAGACAGGGGGAGGAGCAGGUGCCUGGAAAGGGGGAGGGAAGGCAGGAGGAGGCCAGUUACAAGGGGGAACAGGUUGACCUGUCAUUCAGUGUCAGGAAUAGAAAAGGGCCUGCAAGCCGCGACGCAGCUCCCACAAGCAGAGAGAGUCGACAGGGAAUGCCAGCCGCUUGCUCCUAUUCAGAGAGGUUGCUCACCACCAGACUACAGCAGAUACAACAGCUACAACAGCAACAACACGGUAUACUGCACAGAGCUGCACACAGCUCCCAGCCAGAGACAGCCAGAGGAGGUGGACCGGGACCCACCAAGAAGUACCAGCCCAAAUACAAGCCUGCGAUACCCCAGCUCGGGAGCUCCGUUCCUGGAUGUGUCUCAGUUAACGGCUCCAGCUCCAGCAUGGGCAGCAAGUUGGAUGAGGAGGACAACGAGGUGAAGUGGUUCAGUGACGUGGCCUUCCGCAGCCUGUCCUCUGGAUUCCCUCAGGUGGACUACCUGGACAUGUACAACUCCAGCCACCGCUCCUCCACCGGAGCCUCCCAGCCCUCCACCCAGGACAGCCCAGCGGGGGCUAAUGCAGCCUUGCUGGCCUACGUGGACCUCAGAGGGUCUGCUCCACGGCUGGACAAUGAAGACUUCCCAGUCCCACGCCAGCAGCAGCAGCCCUCCUCUGGGGCUUAUUAUCCACCCCAUGACGACCUGGACUCAUCCAAAAAAUAUGAGAUGGGCAGCUUUGAGUGUGUCGACGUGGCUGUGGAGAGAGAGGAGCCCAAGAAGGUGAUGAGAGGAGUGCCCAAGAGACAGAUCCAGCUGAAGAGAAGGAAUACGGCCGAGCUGAAGCUGGGUGAGAACAGCGACGGUAGUCCCAUCAUGGUUCCUAGUCCUGUAAUGGCUCCUGUGGCUCCUGUGGCUUCUAUUGUUCUGAUGGACAGUACCUCUCUAAAGAGACACAACAGAGAGACGUUGCAGAGACAACACAGCACUCCUCCGGCAUUGCAGGAAGCCUACUGCCCGGACCCCAGCCCUGAACCUGCCACCGAGAGGACUGAGCAGACCAAGAGGAAUGGCAAGCUCCAGAAGUCUUUGUCCCUGGACGAGACAUGUACCAAAACCAAGAUGGCCACCUGCCUGAUCAACAACAUCCUCUCCAAGAAGAUGCAGAAUGUUGGUAAACAAACUGACCAGGAAGGAGAAGGAGGUGACCUCAGCCCCUCUGAGGACAAAACCCCUCUUCCCCCUGAUAGUGAGGCGUCAACCAUUAAAGAGUCCACAAAACCAGAGACACGGAAUCUGAGUUCCAGCAUAAACUCACUAAACAGUUUUUCUUCUGAGCACCUGGCUGUGAGAAGAGAUACCAGUCCAAACAUUGACGUAAACAGACAACAUGGAAGUUUCGGGGUGAAAUCCAGUGUUAGACGAAUGAACCAUACUAUUAAUACUGACUCCACUUCUCUACAGCGAAGCAACAAGAGGCCUGAACCUACCAGCACAACCCCUGAGAUGAGUACCAACGCACAUGUUGCUCCUGCUACCUUUCCUCGGAGAAGCAACGAGAGGCCUGAACCUACCAGCACAACCCCUGAGAUGAGUCCCAACGCACAUGUUGCUCCUGCUACCUUUCCCCGGAGAAGCAACGAGAGAAUUGAAUCUCACAGCAACAGAAGCCCUAACCAUGUUAGCCCUUGGAUGAGAUCUGAGCCCCCUACUACUAGUUGUCCUCAGAGAAACAGCGACAGAACUGAGUCUCCUGCCAAAAACCCAAACUCUUGGAGAACUGACCCGGUCAAACCAGAGAUGAGGUCUGAACUGGUGUUCCCGUUUGAGAGUAAAAAACCCACAGAGAAGAAUGCCAAUAUGGGGGGUAAGCAGACACAUGACAGUAAAUGGAGGGAUGAGAGGGAUGACAGUAAAUGGAGGGAUGAGAGGGAUUACAAACAGGCCGGUGACUCAGCAGAUGCAGCUGCCCGGAACACCAGUGUUCCCACUGCCACCCGAGCCAGCAGCACGCAGGCAGGAAUGACAAACACAAAGCUGGAAUACCCCUCUGACUCUUUAAACCAUAAACAUCCGAGCGUCAAGAGCACCUACAUGUCCAAAACACCAGAGAUCACUCUGAAACCCAGCCCUGUUACAGAGAUAAAGAAAACCUCUUCUCUCAACAUCUCACUGUUGCCCGAGAUAGAAACUAAACCUGAGGGUAACCACGAGACUGGGAAGACUUGUCAGAGAGAAACAACAGAAGAAGACAGGACAGUGGAGACUUCACAUGCAGAAACCAGAGAGGAAGACAGGAGAAUAGGGACUUCACAUAGAGAAACAAGAGAAGAAGAGAAGGGGGUGAAUACCUUGAACAAGAUGAAUGAACAGACUGUGAAUAUGGAUGCCAAUAGGAACAGUAAAGCCAAAGCUCCCCUGCACAAAGUGAGAGAUGUGAGAAGGCUGGUGAAAAACACAUACAACCUAUCGUUCAAGGCCAUGCCAGCACCAGAGAAGGAGGAGAGGAGUGAGGAGAGGGGAGAGGAACAGAGACAGGAAAGGAGGGAGGCUAGAAAAGAGGAAAGGAAGGAGGAAAGGAGGGAAGAGAAGAAAGAUGACAGAGUGGAAAGGAAAGAGGGGAGGUAUGAAGAGAUAAUAGUAAGGAGAGAAGAGAAGAAAGAGGAAAAGCUACCACCUCACCCAAUAUCUCCCCAGAAAGAGGAAAAGCUACCACCUCACCCAAUAUCUCCCCAGAAAGAGGAAAAGCUACCACCUCACCCAAUAUCUCCCCAGAAAGAGGAAAAGCUACCACCUGACCCAAUAUCUCCCCAGAAAGAGAAAAAGCUACCACCUGACCCAAUAUCUCUCCAGAAAGAGGAAAAGCUACCACCUCACCCAAUAUCUCUCCAGAAAGAGGAAAAGCUACCACCUCACCCAAUAUCUCUCCAGAAAGAGGAAAAGCUACCAUCUCACCCAAUAUCUCUCCAGAAAGAGGAAAAGCUACCACCUCACCCAAUAUCUCUCCAGAAAGAGGAAAAGCUACCACCUGACACAAUAUCUCUCCAGAAAGAGGAAAAGCUACCACCUCACCCAAUAUCUCUCCAGAAAGAGGAAAAGCUACCACCUCACCCAAUAUCUCUCCAGGAAGAAGAAAAGCCGAUGCAGAUGGAAUUCAAAGCUAUCAGCUGGAGAGAAAACAAAAACAAAACAACAACAACGUCCAACAAAACAGACAGAGAAACGUCUAGAGGCGAACCUAAGCCUGAUUCUUUACAGCAGGUGUCCAAAGGACCCCGGAACCUCUCUGAUGUAGCACCUAAGAGUUGCGCAACAGAGGAAGGAGCUGUGACAGGGACAGAGUCAAACCAACACAAGACCCCUGUAAAGGACACUGUCAAAAUAGAACCAGGCAACACCAAGAUGAAACCCAGUGAAACAGAGUCACUGAGAGUAACCAGGAGACACCGAAGUAUAUCAGAGGCUAGUGACAAAUCUGAAGUGGUGAGAAGAGAUACCAAGCCACCUAUGCUGGGCAGCAGCCCUAAACUCCCCAGUAAAGACAGAAGAGUGUCUUGUGCUUCUCUGGUGUUACAGGAUGGAUCUAAUAAGCCCAAGUCAUUCUCAGCCUUAGUUCCUGCCUGGUCCCCAGGUCCAGCUCCAGCAUUCCCAGCCCCAGUUCCUGCCUGUUCCCCAGGUCCAGCUCCAGCAUUCCCAGCCCUAGCUCCAACCCUGGCCUCCUCACCCUCACUUGGUCCCAAGGCUUCGUCAGCCCCAGCUUCUCCUCCAGCACCAGCUUCAUCCCCAGUUCUAGGCACUCCAUCUUCCACUGUCCCCGUCAAGACUCCUACCCCCAGCCACUCUGUGUCCAUACUGGUCAAGGAGAAGGGCUACCAGGCAGAUAUUGGGUCUUUGGUCUCUGAGGCUGUGUCAGAAGCCAUAACAAGGAGUGGGCAUGAAGGUGGGGGUGGAGGUGGAGGCAUCCCAGGGAAACAUAUCAACCAAAUAGAGAUCCCUCUUCAGACCCGUGGGCCCUCAGAUGGGGGUACGAGUGACUCACACAGACAGAGAACUUACUCGUCCUCUUCUUCAUCCUAUGUGAAAGCAGCCUCAUCCGUAUCAUCCUCAAGCACUGUGAAAGAAACCUCAUCCUUCUCCUUGACCUCUGUCAAUGCAUUAACUUCAGCCUCAUCCUUUUCCUCAUCUCCCGUCAAUGCAUCAUCCUCUUCCUCUCAUACCCAUUCGGCCCCAAAUUCUCCCGGGCUUCGAGGAGACUCUGCUCAAACGGAAGACAGUGUUAGGACCCCUUCGAAUCAGGAGAGGGUUAGUGUCAGAGCCACGGUCAGAGACAUAGAGCAACGCACAACAUCAUCACCACCAACCUCACCUAAGUUACCAGGCUCUCUACCAGGCUCACCAGCACUGAUGAGAAGAUACCGACCACAAGUGAUCGAGGUGAGGUCGUUGUCCAAAGAAAUACAUAAACAAGAUAAACAAGAGAAGACCGUCACGUCAAACACCAGACCGCAAACUAUAGAGGUUCACUCAAUAGCCAACGGUCCACCACUGGCACUGAAACCAAAGUUCAAACCAACAGAUGCAAAUUCACUGUCCAAUGAAACACAGCAGAAACCAGUGGAGGCAGCAACAUCAACCUUAAAACAGAACACAGAAGAGGAGAGACCUGUGAACAAUGAGAAACCAUCAACUUCAGCUACGACUAUCCACAGACAUCUAUCGAAUGAUUCGACCCCAGCGUCUAACUACAAUAAAAAGUUAUCAGUUUCUGCAGUGUCUAGCUACAGGCCUUCACCUACCAAAACAACAAUCAUCGCUAGUUUCACUCACAAACCAGCAUCAACAACAGUAGACGCAGAGACAUCCAAUGAAAGGCCAAAGCAACCAGAGGCCUCAACCCAGGGACAAGGAGAGGCCCCCAGCUACAAACAGAGACCCACAACCCUCACAGUCUCAGCCCCAGCUCCAGCUCCAGCCCCAGCUCCGAACCAAGCCCCUGCUGCCCGAGAUCCUGCCCAAGUCCCUACCCAUGCCUCUGCCCAAGUCCCUACCCAUGCCCCUGCCCAAGUCCCUACCCAUGCCCCUGCCCAAGUCCCUACCCAUGCCUCUGCCCAAGUCCCUACCCAUGCCCCUACCCAAGUCCCUACCCAUGCCCCUGCCCAAGUCCCUACCCAUGCCCCUGCCCAAGUCCCUACCCAUGCCCCUGCCCAAGUCCCUACCAAUUCCCCUGCCAUACACUCAAGCCAGUCAGCUGUUGUGGAUAUAACCAACCACCUGCAGCAUCCAAAAACAAAAACAGCAUACCCUCAGGAGCAAACUAUGCCAGUUACCCUCAACAAUACAAACCAACCUGCCACGGUAUCCACAAACACACAGGCUCCCGUAUACACACACCACAUACACACACAGCAGCCCAUACACAGAUCCUUGUCCAGCGACCACUCGCAGAGGGCAGAUGACCUGCGUUUCUAUGCAUCAGAUGACCCCCUAGUUAUGACGAGAGAGAGAGGUUCAGCCCCCUCCACCUACCUGACCUGCCCCAGAGGAAGCUGAACCGCUACC